AUGAAUGUCCCAAGCAACCAAUCUUCUAAUGAUCAGAUACCGAAUGACGGACCUGCUUGUGAGGUCAAACCUAUAGUCAACGAAGAGCAACUAAUGGAAAAAGUCAAAACGGUGCCCUUAUCCAAAUUGAAAGAUAUAAUUACUGAUCAAAUUGACCUUGAAAUCCGGUUGAAGCACAAAGAGUUGAUGCUAACGGAAGAAGAGAUUGGUAAAUGUGAGUCUCAAAUGAUCACAUUGAGAAACUACUACAAAGUCCCCCGGGAAAAGUCCUUUGAUCUGGAACCGAAUGAUUUCACCAUAAAAUACUACGACUUAUUGAACCGUUCACUAUCAAUAAAUUAUGAACAGCAAGCGAUAGAUGGCCCAGGAUUGCAUAAUGACCCCCAUACAGGCUUUCCCGACCAAUCCAUGGGAGCUGGCCAUACUUACCGCACCAGAUCAACUACCUCGUCACUCAGACCUUCGACUUCAAUCCUGAGGACCACAACUCUUGGAUGUCUCUAUCGGAGAACCGACGGAAUUAUUGUUAAACUCACAUGUCCUGACUGUAAAAGGAGCAACUUCUCCCUGGCACAAGGUUUUUUAAAUCACAGUCGAAUUGCCCACACACAAGAAUAUACUUCUCAAGAUGCUGCCGCAUUGAUUUGUGGUGAGAUAUUACCAGGAAAUGAGCAAGAUGAAGAAGGAGUGGCAUCUAUCAACAGUCUUAAGGAGAAAAACCUUGAUCCCAAUACAAAUUUGAAUGUUAAUGAGAUGUACUUUAACGGUUUGAGUGCUUCGUUGAACACCGUACAUCGGUCCAGUCUCGAUAAGUCGGUGUCUCCUCUCGAAAGAGGCGAAGUGACAUCCAUCAGAACCGCCCCCAAACCCGAGAAUAGCGAGCUCAUGAAGAAGCUAAUCAAGACAGGAGUCACCAAGGAUAAAGAUAGUUAUAAGAAGCUAAUUGACAGCUACAAGCCAGUGGCUGGGGAUCUCGAACUGUCGAACGAAGAUGAACAUCUCGAAAGCAGUGAAGAAGAUCAAGCAGUGCAUGGCCGAGCUGAAGACCGCAAACUUAAGAGACGCAGAUCCAGAGCCAAUGUGGGCAUUGCUAAGUUCACCCCCAAGGUACUUGAUUCCUCUUGUAGUAGUGCCAGUGAGGGCCAUCUGAAAGCUGCCACGCCCGAGAAAGAACCACAUCACCAGCCGUUGCCCAAGAUCAAACUCAGGUUAAAACCCGAGGAUAAGACCAAGAAAAGGACCCCUGAGGAUGACAAGAAGAAGCGCAGAGUCAAGUGA